AAUUGAGCAAAGCUUCAGGUGCACCUUGGCAACUUAUCUGCACCAAUACCCAGGACAACAGGAAUGGCUGUCUCCGUUCUUCGCCUGGUGGUUGUCCUGGGCCUGAGUGCCCUAAUCCUGACAUGCAGGGCAGAUGACAACCCAAAUGAUAAUGACAAGCCGGAUGAGAAAUCAGACAACAAUCCAGAUGACUCCAGUAAAAAUCCAGAGCCAGGGUUCCCCAAAUUCUUAAGCAUCCUGGGUUCUGAGAUCAUUGAAAAUGCAGUGGACUUCAUCCUUCGCUCCAUGUCCAGAGGAUCAAGUUUUAUGGAACUUGAAGGCGACCCUGGAGAGAAACCUUCAAAAGUGACUUCCUAAGGUCACACCCAUUUGGCAAUUAUACAAAUCAAGGACAGCCAGAUCCUGAAAAUCCAGUUCUGUUUCACAAUUCCUGCAGAUUCAAAGACCUCAAGAUAGCUCCCAGCAAGUCACUGGGAAUUGAGCCCCAGUUUCAGCCAAAUACAAUUCAUUUGAGCUCUUUGACUUUGUACUCCUCUUCUGCAAAGUCAGAAAAUAAGUAUCCUCUUAUAGUUUUAGAAUUACACACCUGGCUUCAUAGAGAAUUUGUUGUUCCUUGGAAUUUUCCAUGCUGUGUUUCAUUUUCUAAUGAGGGAAAAAUGAGACUAUACAUUACAUAUGCAUAUGUGCAAAAGCUAGGUCAAGGCUUCUUCAUAUUUGCAAUUCAUACAUAUUAAUGGACUCUAGAAGAUAAAAUAACACAUUUAAAAUAAAAAUGACAGUAUGUAGUAGAGAGAGGACUUAAUUCUUACUCCAAAAAAAAUUUGGUUCUUAAUUUCUAAAGCUAUAUGAAGUUUCAAUAUUUUACAGAUUUUUUAAAAAGUUUUCCAUUCAAAAUUUUUUGAGCCAUAUAUCCUGUGUUGCAGAAUUAAAAGCUGGACAUCUUCUUUUCAUUCAAAUGUCUAUCUUCCAUGAUCAUUAUUACUCUUCUAGAAUGCACAGUGCUUGAAUUGCUGAGUGCAGCCGUUUCACACUGGCUCAUCGGGGAACAGAGCUGAGUCCUUAACAGCAACAGCAGUCCAUUUGACAGACACAUUCCCCAAGAGUGACCUAAUGUGUUCAAGGGGACAAGACUGAAGUCAUGGGGCAAGAUAAACAUGGCAGCACUGGGGUCUAGAAUACCAACCCAUCCUGGUUCCUCUAUUCAGCUCACCAGAGUUGUUCCUCCGUCCUGUCUUUCUCAAGCACCACUCCUAUUUCCAAUCUUAGCCUGAAGGCAACCAAUAACUCUUGCUUGUCUCACUUGCUUUUUUUUUUUUUUUUUAAAAAAAAUGUAUCUGUGAUAGGUUUGCAUACAGCACAAAGAACUUUUAAUGAUAUUGGUGGAUGGAAUAUUGAACCUAAUAGGAAAAGAAAAUGAAAUGAGAUUAAAUGAGGAUGAAUAUUCCAUUAUAUGGUGAGUUGUGAUAGUCUGUCCUUUGCAUUUUGAUGAAUGAUAUCAGUUUCAACUAUAAUAUCCUUCUUAGCCAAGUUAUCUAAAUAUGUAUUAAACUCAGCUUCUGACUAUUAGAAUGCUUCUUUCUAC